AUGCGGUCGACGACGUCGUUGAGCCGCAGCGGGAGUUUUGGGUCCAAGAGUUCGCGGGACGCGGCGUUUGACGGCGGGUCUGGGAGCCAAGCGGCAGGGCAUUUCGAGUUCCGGAGGAGGACGACGGAGGACGACGAGGACGAGCUGAAAUGGGCGGCGAUUGAGCGCCUCCCCACCUUCGACAGGCUGCGGAAGGGGGUUCUGAAGCAUGUCGCCGACGGCGGUGCAGGGGAAGUUGAGCUGCAGGAAAUUGACGUGGGGAAGCUCGGCGGAACAGAGAGGAAGCUGCUGAUUGAAAGCCUUCUGAAAGUCGCGGAAGAGGACAACGAGAAGCUGCUGCGUCGGAUCCGGCACAGGACCGAUGCCGUCGGGAUUAAGAUUCCGACAGUGGAGAUUCGGUUUGAGGGUCUCUCUGUUGAAGGCGAUGGGUACGUCGGAACCAGCGCUCUCCCCACUCUGCUCAAUUUCGUGGUGAACACUGUUCAGAGGAUUCUUGGGUUUUGUCGGGCUUUCUCGACCAAGAAAAGAGCGGUGAGGAUUUUUCAUAAUAUAAGCGGAAUUGUAAAGCCAUCAAGAAUGACUCUGCUCUUGGGGCCUCCGGGAUCAGGCAAAACUACCCUCCUGAAGGCACUUUCCGGAAAAUUGGAUAAGAAUUUGAGGGUGUCAGGAAGGGUGACAUAUUGCGGACAUGAGUUCCACGAGUUCGUGCCUCAGAAAACUUGUGCUUAUAUCAGCCAGCAUGAAUGUCUACUUGGAGAGCUGACCGUCAGGGAGACGCUAGAAUUCUCUAGUCGAUGCUUGGGAGUUGGGACCAAGUAUGACUUGUUGGCUGAGCUAUCCAGAAGAGAGAAAGAAGCAGGAAUCAUGCCAGAUCUGGAGGUUGAUGCAUUCAUGAAAGCUACAUCCAUUUCUGGACAGGAAAACCAGUUCGUUGUAGAUUAUGUACUCAAGCUUCUUGGGUUGGACCUCUGUGCGAACAUCAUUGUCGGUAAUGACAUGAGAAGGGGGAUAUCUGGUGGACAAAAGAAGCGUGUCACUACAGGGGAGAUGUUAGUUGGACCUGCUAAAGUGUUUCUGAUGGACGAAAUCUCAACCGGAUUGGAUAGUUCUACGACUUACCAAAUUGUCAGGUUUAUGAAACAAAUGGUCCAUAUUAUGGACGUCACCAUGGUCAUCUCCCUUCUACAGCCUGCACCGGAGACUUACGAACUCUUCGACGACAUCAUCCUCAUCUCCGAGAACCAUAUUGUUUACCAAGGUCCAAGGGAAAACGUCUUAGAAUUCUUCAAAAAUGUUGGUUUCAAGUGUCCUGAAAGGAAAGGAGUAGCAGACUUCUUGCAAGAGGUUACUUCCAGGAACGAUCAAGAGCAAUAUUGGUUCAGAAUCAAUGAACCUUAUCGAUACAUCUCAGUAAGCGAAUUUGUGAUGUACUUCAAAUCAUUCACGAUGGGAAGAAAGCUUGUCGAGGAGCUCAUGAUGCCUUACGAUAGAUCUAGUGUCCAUCCUGCUGCACUAGUGAAAGAGAGAUACGGAAUCUCAAACAAGGAACUCAUGAAAGCAUGUUUUGGGAGGGAGUUGUUGUUGAUAAAGAGGAAUGCUUUUAUAUAUAUCUUCAAGAGUGUGCAGCUCACCAUCAUGUCAAUAAUUUGCAUGACUAUGUUCUUCAGGACUGAGAUGAGGGUCGGGCACUUGAUAGACGGGAACAAGUUCUACGGUGCUUUGUUUUACAUUCUGAUCAACAUUAUGUUCAAUGGAAUUUCGGAGAUGAUUUUGACCACACAAAGGCUUCCUGUGUUUUACAAGGAGAGGGAUUCCUUGCUUUAUCCAGCAUGGGCAUUUGCAUUGCCGAUCUGGAUGUUGCGAGUUCCAAUCUCAUUUGGCGAGUCAUUCAUAUGGAUUGCCUUAACCUAUUACACUAUUGGGUUUGCUCCAUCAAUAGACAGGUUUUUCAAGCAGUUUCUUACACUCGUUUGUAUAAAUCAGAUGGCUCAAGGUCUAUUCCGCUCUAUUGCGGCAGUAGCUAGAUCAGUUGUGGCAGCACCAGUCGUUGGUAUGUUCAUGUUGCUAGUCAUUUUUGUCUUCGGGGGGUUCAUUAUUGCCAAAGAUGACAUCCAACCAUGGCUGAUUUGGGGCUACUACAUUUCCCCAAUGAUGUAUGCUCAGAAUGCUAUCAUGAUUAAUGAAUUUCUCGACGAAAGAUGGAGUGGUCCCAAUCCUGAUUCUAGAAUCACAGAGGCAACAGUUGGGAAGGCCCUCCUCAAAAUGAGAGGCAUGUUUGUAGAAAACAAGUGGUAUUGGAUAUCAAUUGGGGCACUCAUAGGAUUUACUAUCAUAUAUAACACAUGCUUCAUUCUCGCCUUAACGUACUUGGACUCUUUGGAAGAUUCUAAAACCGUAAUAUUGGACGAUAAUCGAAAUAAAAAAUCAUCCAACACUUCUAAACUAAACUCAAGUUCAUUCAAGAUGUCCACAACCACAUCCUGUGCCUCGAUGAAAGGUAUGGGAAUGGUAUUGCCCUUCAAACCUUUGUCAUUGGCAUUUAAGAAUGUUAACUACUAUGUUGAUAUGCCUGCGGAAAUGAAGUCCCAAGGAGUAGAAGAGGAGAGACUGCAACUACUGCAUGAUGUUAGUGGCGCUUUUAGGCCAGGAAUUUUGACAGCACUAGUUGGGGUUAGUGGUGCAGGGAAGACUACUUUGAUGGAUGUUUUAGCAGGAAGGAAAACUGGAGGGUACAUUGAUGGAAGCAUCAACAUUUCUGGUUAUCCCAAGAAUCAAAGGACGUUUGCUCGAAUUAGCGGGUAUUGUGAACAAAAUGAUAUCCAUAGUCCACGGAUUACUGUAUAUGAGUCCCUUCUGCACUCUGCAUGGCUGCGACUUCCCAAGAGUGUCAACAAGCAAGAUAGAACGAUGUUCAUUGAAGAAGUGAUUGAGCUGGUUGAGCUAAGCCCGUUGAGGAACUCGAUAGUUGGCCUUCCUGGAUCAAAUGGUUUGUCAACUGAGCAAAGAAAGAGACUCACCAUAGCUGUUGAGCUAGUUGCGAAUCCUUCAAUAAUUUUCAUGGAUGAGCCAACAUCUGGUCUUGAUGCUCGAGCUGCUGCAAUUGUUAUACGGACCGUUAGAAACACAGUGGAUACGGGAAGAACUGUUGUCUGCACCAUACAUCAACCAAGCAUCGACAUCUUUGAAUCUUUUGAUGAGCUGUUGUUGAUGAAGAGAGGAGGGCAUGUUAUAUAUGCGGGCUCUCUUGGAUGUAAUUCUCAGAAGCUUAUAGAAUAUUUUGAGGCUGUCCAAAUGGUUCCUAAGAUCCAAGAGGGUACCAAUCCUGCUACAUGGAUGCUUGAUAUUAGCUCCACGGCCGUAGAAUCCCAGCUGAAUGUAGACUUUGCUAAACUUUAUUAUCUUUCUAAACUAUACAAAAAGAACCAGGAGCUGAUUAAAGAGCUAAGUACUCCAACACCAGGGUCAAAGGACCUAUAUUUCCCUACACAAUAUGCACAAGAUUUUUUAACGCAGUACAGAGCUUGCUUUAUGAAGUUGCAUCGAUCAUAUUGGCAAAACCCAUCAUACAAUGUCACAAGAUUUUUCCUCACAACAGUUUUUGGUGUUCUCUUUGGAAUUAUAUUCUGGAACAAGGGACAACAGACGGCAACACAACAAGACGUGUUCAACUUGCUUGGAGCUACUUAUAGUGCCAUAAUGUUCCUUGGAGGAAGUACAUGUUCUGCUGUGAUGCCUAUUGUUUCGAUAGAAAGAACAAUCUUAUACCGUGAAAGAGCAGCAGGGAUGUACUCAGAAGUGGCUUUUGCAAUUGCUCAGGUCUCCAUUGAAGCAGUCUAUGUGGCAGUCCAGACCUUCUUCUACUGUACGAUAUUGUUCUUCAUGAUUGGCUUCCCGUGGCACCUGGGGAACUUCCUUUGGUACUAUUUCUUCAUGUCCAUGAGUUUCCUCUACUUCACUCUCUAUGGGAUGAUGCUUCUUGCCCUCACUCCAGGCUACCAAAUAGCUACAAUCGCCAUGUCGUUCUUCCUGGCCACAUGGAAUCUCUUCUCGGGCUUCCUAAUUCUCCGAACGGAAAUCCCAAUAUGGUGGAGAUGGUACUACUGGGCAUCCCCAAUGGCAUGGACAAUCUAUGGGUUGUUCGCUUCCCAACUGGGAAACGUAGAGAGUCUCGUGGAAGUAGCAGGGCAUGGCAGCAUGCCGGUAAAGCAGUUCUUGAAACAAUCAUUUGGGUUUGAUUAUGAAUUCCUUGGAAUUGUUGCAGCUGCCCACGUUUGUUUUGUGCUCUUCUUCUUGUUUGUGUUUGCUUAUGGGAUAAAGUUUCUGAAUUUCCAGAGGAGAUAA